AUGGCUGGACUGAAUGCGCGACGUGCUGAGGUGCGAGGCUUCCUCCAGGGAAAGCCGUGCACGGGCAGUAUCGCCCGGGAAGGCCGCGCCGACGGAAACUUUCUCUUGCAGAUUGCGUCUGCGGCGGUCUGGGUGCUGGCGGCGCUGCUGUUGCUUGCGUCCGCUCACCUCCAGUAUCCCUUCCAGAGCGACAAUUACCGCUACGACCCAUUAGAAGCGGCCUUCUACCUCGCCCUGCACAGGCCCGCGUGGGCGUUGGGCGUCGCGUCGGUCGUCUACGCCUGCGAGCGAGGGCACGGCGGUUCAACAGACCACAAGGUUAAUGCGUUCGUCGGUGUACUUGUGAUGUCUAUUGCUUGGACGCUUCCACUUGCUUUACUUUUCGAGGCGCCGUUUGUGGCACUUGAGGAAGUCAUAUUUGAGAAAGAAGACGAAGACUCUCCGGGUGAUUUACCCCCGUCGUUAGAAACGCCGAUGCCGUUCAAGAUGCCGUCUCAGCUAAAGAGGCUUCCGGAAAUGACGCAAAUCAACGACGACGCCGAGACGCCUCAGGAUGAUGAAGUUCUCGACGAGCGACUGUGAAACAAUCGA